AUGGAGGGUCAAAAUGAGAAUGACGAGCUCUACCCCAUCGCGGUCCUCAUUGAUGAGUUGAAGCACGACGACGUUCUCCUCAGACUCAAUGCUAUCCACCGUCUAUCCACCAUCGCCUUGGCCUUGGGUCCGGAGCGAACCCGCGAUGAGCUGAUUCCAUUCCUCGAUGAUUCCGUUGAGGACGAAGAUGAAGUCUUGACAGCUUUGAGUGAAGAAUUGGGCAACUUCACGGAGCAUGUUGGAGGACCGGAACAUGCACACGUGCUUCUGUCUCCGCUGGAGAACCUGGCGGCGAUCGAGGAGCCGCUGGUUCGAGAGAAGGCCGUCGAAUCCCUCAACAAGGUCUGCGAGCAGCUGUCCGAAAGUCAAGUCGAAGAGCACUUUGUCCCCCUGGUUCUGCACCUCUCGAAAGCGGAUUGGUUCACUUCCAAGGUCUCUGCCACAGGUCUGUACUCUACACCAUACCGGAAAGCCAAUGAGGCACUUCAGCAGAGCCUCCGACAGCACUUCGGAAACCUUGUACACGAUGAGACCCCCAUGGUCCGCCGGCAAGCGGCCAACAACCUCGCCAAGUUCGUCAAGGAGAUGCAGACCGACGUGAUUAUCGAUGAAAUGAUACCCCUCUUCCAAUACCUCGCCAAUGACGACCAAGACAGUGUCCGUCUUUUGACAGUUGAUAUUCUCAUCGCGAUUGCCGAGGAAAUUCCCAAGGAGCAGCAGCCUAGCCACGGCGUGUUGCUCACUUCUCUGCGAAACCUGUUUGAGGACAAGAGCUGGAGGGUCCGGUAUAUGGUUGCUGAUAGAUAUGAGAAGAUCGCCCAGGCCGUGCACGAGGAGGUUGUCACCCGUGAUAUGGUGCCCGCCUUUGUUAAACUCUUGAAGGAUACCGAGGCUGAGGUUCGGACCGCCAUUGCUGGCCAGAUCCCCGGCUUCUGUACUUUGAUUGAUCGCGAUACGCUGCUUAAUGAGAUUAUGACUAGUGUGGAGGAUCUUGUCUCGGACCAGUCCCAGCACGUCCGGGCGGCUCUUGGUACCCAGAUCAGCGGCCUGGCGCCGAUUCUUGGAAAGGACGAGACUAUUGCCCACCUUCUUCCCAUGUUCCUUCAGAUGCUCAAGGAUGACUUCCCCGACGUUCGUCUGCACAUCAUCUCCAAGCUGGAGCAGGUCAACAAAGUCAUCGGCAUCGAUCUUCUUUCCCAGUCCCUCCUUCCUGCUAUUGUCCAGCUGGCCGAGGACAAGCAAUGGCGCGUGCGCCUCGCUAUCAUUGAAUACAUUCCCCUUCUCGCCAGCCAGCUUGGCGUUAAGUUCUUCGAUGAGCAGCUCAGCGAUCUCUGCAUGGGCUGGCUCGGUGACACCGUCUUCUCUAUCCGUGAGGCGGCCACUCAAAAUCUGAAGAAGCUCACAGAGGUUUUCGGCGUGGAUUGGUCAAAGGAGUCUAUUAUUCCGAAGGUGAUGGCUAUGGGCCAACAUCCAAACUAUCUGUACCGCAUGACCACCUGCUUUGCCGUUUCUACUCUCGCCCCUGUUGUUACUCUCGAUAUCAUUGAAAGCUCCAUCAUCCCCAUCUUGGAUCGAUUGGUCACCGAUGAAAUCCCCAACAUUCGAUUCAAUGUCGCCAAGUCUUACGCCGUUCUCAUCGAUACCUUGCGCCGUCUCCCGGAGGACAAGACCCUGGUUGAGGUGGAGAAGUCCGGAGAGACUGUUACCCCCUCGCCCAAGAGCCAGGAACUCAUCCAGCAAAGAAUCCUGGCCAGCUUGGAGAAACUGCAGGAAGACGACGAUGUUGAUGUCCGAUACUUCGCCACGACCGCGGGCGGUAACCAGGAGGAGGCCAUGCAGACGUCUCCUUAA